GAACUUGUCAUCGCUAUGGACGACCCAGGUGAGCCGAUAAUAAUAUGUUCAGAAGUGAAGAAAGAAAAUAUGCUGCGGUUAAGAAGAAAAGUAGCUACAGCUGAAAGUAAGUCUGGAAGAAAAUAUCAACAUCAUCAAAUAUCUUCCGUGAAUAGAAUCCCCUCUUCGACCAAAGCCGCAGCUCCCUCUUUGCCCGACGUAGAGGAAGCCGACACCGAACUACCCAACCCCUACAAGGACCAGAGCAGAGAACAGACUGCGACGACAAGCCGGGGCUACAGCGCGCCCACCCACCGCUGGGGGUUAGUGUCAGGUCUGAGGAGGAGGAACAGGGUAGAAGAUGUUUCACAGGGGAGCAAGAAACCCACCAUGGAUGAGGAGUUCCUCAAGAUCAUCCAAGGAAGACCUAUAAAGACCACUCUUGUUCGCCGGCAGUACAUAAAGGAGGUGAGGGAAAGGUUGUUGAACAACGUCCUUUCGGGAUUCAUGCAGGACGAAAUAAGGGCGAAAGAAGAAAACGCUAUGGCAAUAAAUGCGGUGGUAGAGAAAACCCAGAAAGAAAUCGAAAACACGUCUAAAUCGCUGGCCGAUUUUCUAUCAGAAAAGCAGAAAAAGUGCGAAAACCUGACGGAGAAAUUGGACUCGGUGGUAAAAGAAAGGAAAAAAAUGGAAGCAAUGAUAGAAAAUGAAAAGAAGAGAAUGAAUGAAGUAAAACUAAAUAUUUUCAAACAAAAUGAACAACUCGAGACAAUGCGGAAAUGCAGAGAUUUUGUUUUUCAAAUUGCACCACAGGAAUGGAAAGAGGAAUAUGCCAAAGAGACUGAAAAGAGGCAAGAAGAAGUGAAAGAAGAAAGCGAAAAGAUGAGGACAGCGCUAGAGAAUUUUAAAACUCAUUGUGGCGGCGAAGACUCUGGAUUAGAAAAAGUUUUAGAGGACUUUGUUGAAGAGUUUUCAAAAGCCGGACCUCCGCUACUACCUUUUUCUGAACCGAAAAUGGUGAUAACCCUUUUCAAAGAUCUUGAAAUGAAGAGUCUCAGGGCCUUGGAGAACAACGCGAUAUUGAAAGAGAAAGUCGUUAAGGCAAAACAAAUCUGCGACUUUCACGAAACGUUUUUGAAAAAAGAAAAAAAUAUCAUAGAUGAAAGGUUGAAAGAUAUAAAACAAAAUAUUGAAAGGGAGGAGAAAAAGGUAAAGAAGAAGGAACAACUACUUCAAACAAUGUUGAAUGGUCCUUUUAAAACAAUGGUAGCUUCUGAAAAAGUCCUUAAAGAAUUCGCUCUUGUCAAGGAUGUUUAUGAGGAAGUGAUUGAUGAGCCAAAGGAAGGUCUGAGUACAUUGGAGAUGUUACAAGAAAUUGGUGAAUUGUACGUGGACCUGAAUCGAAAGUUGGAACAUCUUCCAGAGUCCACCAGAAAUGAAUUGAAAAGGAAAGUGAAGAGUGAACUUCAAAACAAAAUGAAGGAGGCUGAAAAAGCGAAGUGUCGGAAGAAACAGGUGUUGCAAAUGAUGAAAGGUGUACAGAGAUCGAGGGAGAAACCUUGGAAACCAACUGGCAGGAAAUUGCUAUAUAGAUCACCCCUUGAACUUGAAGACCGUCCAGCAACUGCACCGGUGAAGAGUUCUAUCAAGGAACCAGAAGAGGAAGAAUCUGGCGGGGAAGCGGAAGAACUUCUUCCUUUGGUCUGGGCUUCGAACCAUCCAGGGCCUGGAUCUUACAAGAGAGAAAUGUCAGUUGUUUUACCAGAUCCCACCGACUUCCUGCCUGAUCUCCAGCUAAUAGACACUGAAGAGAGCGAAACGUUAUUAUCAGAAUCCGAAGAAGAGCAAGAUAAAAAAGGAGGAAAGUCUCAGCAGAGUGAAGAAAAAAAGAUAAAGAAGAAGAAAAGAGUUAAAAUAAUACUUUCUGAUUCAGACUAAACCAACAUUAUGUUAUGAGGAAGUUUAAAACCAUAUGAAUUGUUUAAACUCCUUUAAAAUAUAUUGGAACAAAUAAGACUCUGAUGUAAAUAUAUAAUUGAUAGAGGAGACCAGUAAGCCAUCAGUAAUUGCAUCGUUGAAUAAAGGAAUGAACUGAAUUCCAUCAAUGGGUACCACAUGCAAUCAUAAAAUUAUUUUUCUAAAAACCAAA